AUGCCUACCGCGCUUGUCACCGGUGCCACGGGUAUCCUUGGUCGUGAAAUCGUCCUCGCUCUCGGGCGGGAUAGUCAGACCUGGUCUACAGUAUGGGCGCUCUCUCGAUCCAAAAAAGGCCAAUGGCCUAGCAAUGUGCAGUCGAAACAACUCGACCUGCAAGCAUCCGCCGAGGACAUGGCGAAGGAACUGGGCGACGCGCAGCCCGAGUACAUCUUCUUUACCGCCUAUCUUGAGCAAGAUUCAGAAGAGAAGGCUACGCAAGUCAAUGGCGCCAUGCUGGAGAACUUCCUCAACGCCCUCGAGAUCACCGGUGCUAGCAAGAAGGUCAAGCGUGUCAUCCUCACCACUGGUGCCAAACAGUACGGCGUUCACUUGGGCACCUCGAAAAUGCCAAUGGAGGAGUCGGACGCCCGGCUCGCCGAUCCCGACCGCCCUCCAAACUUCUACUACAAGCAGCAAGACAUAUUAAGGGAGAAGGGUGAGAAGCAAGGCUGGGACUGGGUGGUUACCUAUCCCAAUGAAGUGGUAGGCGUGGCCAAGGGCAACUUCAUGAAUCUCGCCACCACUCUCGGCAUCUACUGCGCCAUCACCAAAGAGCUGGGCGAGGAUCUGAUGUGGCCCGGGAGUCCCGACUUCUACUCUUCGUUCCUCUGCUACACCUCUUCCAAGCUCCACGCCGCUUUCAAUUUGUGGGCCGCGCUGGAAGAUACGCCGGCAGUGAGCAAUCAGGCUUUCAAUGUGAUCAACGGCGAUGUCGAAAGCUGGCAGAACAUGUGGCCCAAACUUGCGAAGAAAUAUGGAUUGCGAGUGCCAGAGAAAAUGUUCACGAAAGACGAGGAGCAGGGCAAAUUCGACGAGGAUGGGGCAGGCUCUGUCAUGAAACUGAUGGAGCGUCCACCUCUUGCGGAGUUCGCUGCUCAAAACGGGUUAAAGGGCUCGAAAUGGGCCAAGCAGUCGCAAGUGGAAGCGAAGAUUAACAUGAUGAAGUGGUCGCAGCGGAAGGACGUGCGAGCGGCGUGGGACCGACUGGCCGAGUCCAAGGGGCUGGAGCAUGAGUCGUUCGAGAAGGCUCCGUGGUGGUUCUUGUGGUUCGUCCUCGGCCGCAAUUACCAUGUCGUUCUGUCCAUGUCGAAAGCGCGAAAGGCGGGCUGGACGGGGUAUCAGGAUACAUGGGACAGCAUCUCGGAGACGCUGGACGAGCUGGUGGCGGAGAAGGUGUUGCCCAAGUUCCCGUGA